CUUAUCAACCACCAUCAAUCUAUUGUUGGACGACACACCACCACCACCAACAGAUGGCCACGGACUCUGAAAAUAGGAGCUUCUUCGGAAUGAUGUAAUGCCAAUGCAAAUAAGAAAGAAAAAAUGAUUUUCUCCAGGCAAAGCAGCAGGCAUUGCCUCGAUCCUGGGACUGUUGGCUUGAAAAUCUUUUGUCUGCUGUCUGUGUUGGAGGCCUGCUAGCCCUGUUACCCCACAGCGCACGAACUGUCUCCAGCCAAUCACAGCGCAGCCAGUCUCACCGGACAUCGGCCGAUGCAAAGCCGACUCCACCUCCUCCAACACCACCAAUCCUUCACCAUCUCUUCCUAAUCGGCUCGUCGGACGGAACAGGGAACCAUCUCACCACACAGAGAGGUGCUGAGGAAUAACCAAGGAAGAUAAGGAAAGCAGUCAUUCCAGAAAUCGUUUAUCUCACCCCUCUGACGUAUACCUAUCUCUCUCCACCGCAUUUCAAAUUUUUCUUUCUCAUCUAUCCCGAUCAAGUAACGAGCUACCCCACAGCUUGCACCUUCAACGUUAUCCAUCCCAUCCCUGCAUCACUUCAAGUCUCGACUGCUGUCGUUUUGCCCUCCUACGCUGAUUGACUUACUCUAGUACAGCUUCCAGAACCACAUUGACCUCUCCUUUAUCAUAUUUUGUGCAACACUUACAUCCACCUACUUACGCAGACUUCGCCACCACCAUGUCCCUCCCACUCCCUCCCCGUUUCGCCUACUACGACGGCAAGCUGCAGUCCGCAACCACUUCCAAAUCCUCCUUCCAAUCCAUCAAUCCAGCAACCUCAGAACCACUAGCUGAUGUUCACGCCACUACCCCCGCAGCCAUCGACUCGGCCAUCGCCUCUGCUCAAAAAGCUUUCCCAGCCUGGUCUGCCACCCCUCCUAUAGAACGCGCUCGCAUUCUCCAAAAAGCUGCAGCUCUCCUCCGCGAACGCAACGAUGAGUUGGCUAAGAUUGAGACGCUCGACACCGGCAAGGCUUACUCGGAAACUUCAACCGUUGAUGUAGUGACGGGUGCCGACGUCCUCGAAUACUUUGCGAACCUGGUUGGAGGUGGUGGGCUCAACGGGGAGACUGCACAAUUGCGGCCCAAUGCCUGGGUCUACACGACCAAGAAUGCUCUCGGCGUAUGCGCAGGAAUCGGCGCCUGGAACUACCCCAUCCAAAUUGCCCUGUGGAAAUCCGCGCCCUGCCUCGCUGCUGGAAAUACCAUGGUAUACAAGCCCUCCGAAUUCACUCCCUUGCACUCGACCCUCCUCGCCGAAAUCUACACCGAAGCAGGUGUGCCUCCAGGUGUCUUCAACGUGGUCCACGGCGGCGGUGACGUUGGUGCAUACCUUACCUCGCACCCGAGCAUCGCCAAAGUCAGCUUCACUGGACAAGUCUCGACGGGCCAAAAAGUCGCCGGCAGCGCAGCAGGCAACAUGAAAUACGUAACCAUGGAACUGGGCGGUAAAUCCGCGUGCAUUGUCCUCCCGGACGCCGACAUCGACCAAGCAGUCGAUGGCGCCAUGAUGGCAAACUUCUUCUCCACAGGCCAGGUCUGCACAAACGGAACACGCGUCUUCAUCCCCUCAUCCAUGAAAUCUGCCUUCGAAGCUAAACUCGCGGAGAAAGUAAACUCCACGAUUCGCGCUGGUGACCUCUUUUCCCCAGACACGAAUUUCGGUCCUCUGGUUAGCAAACCGCACCACGAAAAGGUCCUCUCGCAUAUCCGCCACGGCAUCGACGUCGAUGGCGCUACGCUCCUCUGUGGCGGAACCUCUCGACUCACCCUUCCCUCUUCCGUGCCUGAGAACUACAAGAACGGAUACUGGGUUGCCCCCACUGUCUUCACAAACUGCACAGAUUCCAUGCGUAUCGUGCGCGAGGAAAUCUUCGGCCCCGUUCUUUCCUUACUUACCUACGAUUCCGUAGAUGAAGUUGUUACCCGCGCAAACGCUACCCCGCUUGGUCUCGCCGCGGGUGUCUUCACCAAAGAUCUCAACCUCGCACACAGCGUUGUCGCGCGUCUUGAGGCCGGAAUCACGUGGAUCAAUACUUGGGGAGAGUCUCCUGCGGAGAUGAGCGUUGGUGGGUGGAAAAUGAGCGGUGUCGGCGUGGAAAAUGGCCGGAAAGGAAUCGAGGCUUGGGUGAGGAACAAGAGUACGCUCGUGGAAAUGGGUGGUGAGGUUCCGACCGUUUUUGCAAAGUUGUAGGGAGUGAGAGAGGGAAAAGAAUGCCAAGCUUGACUGGCCUCUUUUUUUUUUUUUUGUAUAUAUGUUUGUUCAUUGGUUAUACGCUUGUUCUCAAUACCUACCUCUACAGUUCUCAGCUCUCCGUUCUCAAAUAGCCUAUCCGCUUUUCUCUUUGUCUCUUUCGUCCUCACUAUACUUGGACUUUUGAUCGACGGAAUUCGAAUGUCUGGAAAUGUGUCGUGAGCCGUGCAUACCUAGGUAUAUAUAUACUAAAAAGAUGGCCCACCUAUCCUUACCAACAGCGUGAUGAGCAAGGCCUCCUAACUGACCCUCCAGAACUGCUACCCCCCAAAGAAAAAAAAAAAAGCCUCGGAUUUCCAAAACAAUGCUCCCUCCUCACUCCCCACCAACAACCUCCACCCUCACAGAAAUCGACCUCGGAAUCUCCAGAACCACCUCAUCCCCUCUACUCUGCUGCCUCGUAACCCUCUUCCCCUUGGAAUCCUCCAUCCUGCCAAUAACAGCCUGAUGCAGAGCCAAUAUCAUACACCGCACCAACUUCUCAACCCCUUC